AUGUCUCCGGAGUCCCAUGCUGUGCUGGCUGUGCAGAAUGUUCCCGCCUCCAAACUCCGCACCAGCACAGGCUGCAGCUUCCUGCCUUUGAGCUCAACAAUUGACACUACGGACAUAGCUACAGAAAGAGAGACCCUCCUGGAGAAAGCAUACCCAGAAGCACAGGCCUUCUGUCAGAAGCACGGCCUAAUGUUUGAGGUAAUUGACUUGAGGUGGGGUAUUUCUGAGCUUGUAGACCCUGAUCACAGAAACACACACAACUCUCUCCGGAGGAAACUGAAGCCUGGACUCCUGGGAGACCACUGUGGGCACCAGACUGUGCCUCAGCUCAUUGCGGAGGAGGAAUUUGAGGCCCUAACUCUGCAGCUGUCAGGGGACUCUGCCCAGCUCCUGACACAGCGGUACUCACGGGAUGAGAACGCGCUGCCCACCUGCUAUGUGCUGCAGCCGGCUGACGGGCAGGCCUGGCAUUGCCUGGAGAGACGCCUGGCCUCAGCGCCGCGCGUGGCAGCCCAGAAGGCAGAGAGGUCAAUUGAAUGGGAGAUUGAACAGGGUCUCCUCAAUACCCAGGAGAGCAACCUGGGGGCUUUCAUAUUGCUCAGAGAGGCUGAGGAUUCCAACAGACAAACUGGGCAAGGGACAAACAGUGUGCCAUUAGAAAAAGAGGACAAUCUGGACAGUGAAGCAAAACAGCUGCUCAGCAACCUUAAAGCAAAAAUUGCAAGCCAUUAUCCCAAACACCUCAAAGUACACACACUGGCAUACAGUGAAGACCCUGGGAACCCUCAGUGCAAGGACAAUAAUAAAUACCUGAAACAACUUUGUGAGCAGUUCACUGCUGUCACUAAUCACCAGGUUUUAGAGAAUCUUCGAUACCAAGGACAGAUCAGCGAGGAGCCAGGGCGACUUCUGCAGGAGCUGGGCCACCACACAGCUCUGUGCCUGAAGAACUGCAGAUUUUUCUGUGGGAGACAGAAUUUAUUGGAUAACAUUUUUCAUCGUAUUAGGCGGAACAAUGAUAAAACCCACACAACCCCUAUUCUUUAUGGGCCACCAGGCUGUGGAAAAACAGCUGUGAUGUGCCAACUAUCUGAGCGGGUGCAAGCUGUUUUAGGGCAAGACAGUGUAGUUGUGAUUUGUUUGCUGGGGACAUCCCAGCUCAGUUCUGCCAUUCACAGCCUCCUGAAGGACAUUUGUCUCCGAGUGUGUUUAGCAUUUGAUUUGCCACCACCUCCAACCCAGACCAAACAGGCUUGCAGUGAUUUAGUCUUGUUCCUCAGUAAACUCCUCCUCACCGUCUCCCAUCGUGGCACACAGACACUGGUGGUGUUCCUUGACUCUGUGGAAAGAUUCCUUCCUGGUGAUGGUGCUCACAGAUUCCACUGGCUCCCUACAGAUUGCCCUCCAAAGGUCUACAUCAUCAUUUCCAUUUCCACAGCAGAGCCCGAUACUCUGAAAGCUCCCCAACACACUGUGCCUGACGCUGAAGCGUACUUUGAAGUAGGACCCUUAUCCUGUGAGGAAGGUGAGGAGAUGCUAGAGAUGCUCUUAGCAUCAGACACACGAGAGGCCUAUUUCUGUCAGAGCUUCCCUAGUGGUGGGCAAGCCCUGCUCUUCAAGCUGGCCUUCCAUGAGGCCAGAAAAUGGGCAUCUUACACUUCACCUUCAGAACUACUGAUUGCCAGCACAGCCCAGGACGCCAUGCACCGUCUGUGCAAGAGACUGGAAAAGUCACAUGGCACAGUCCUUGUGGCUCAUGUGCUUGGCUACAUUGCUUCCUCACGAAAUGGGCUGUCAGACAUGGAGCUGAAGGACAUUUUAUCCCUUGACGAUGAAGUUCUCUCAGAGAUUCACCACUGCCACCUUCCUUCUAGUAAAACUAUCUUGCACCUUCCUCCUCUCCACUGGGGACGGCUAUGCAGUGACAUGGGAAAGUGCCUGGCAGAACGGAAGGCAGAUGGCUUCACCCUUCUUUGCUUUGCAGAGGUUUCUUCUUUGCCAAAAGGAGUGAGUAUAAUAUACAGAGAAGUGUUGGCCAGGCUUCUUUUUUUGGUGCCUUCUUACCCGGAGGUAACUGGGAAGCUGUACCAGCAGUGUCUAAGCUGGUGCAGUGUCUGUCCCUAUCCUGUUCUCAUUCCACUGUGCGGAUUUCUCCAGCCACCUGGUGAGCCCCUACACACAAUGCUCACCGGAUUCCUCAUAGGCGUCACAGUGAUGGCACUUAGUUCUGAUUACCAGCUGCUGGUGGCAGGUUCCCAGGAUGGCUCAAUGCUUGUCUGGAAUAUGGAAGUUUUUGAGAUGCUGCACACCCUUCCUGGGCACUCUGCUGAGGUGAGGUGUGUGAAAGUGUUUGGAAAAGGAACCUGUGCUGUUUCAGCUGCCAUGGAUCACAGUCUGCACAUCUGGAAUUUGAUUUCUGGCAGAGCAAGGUUUAUUAUCCAGGAUAUGCAUAUCGAAGAACACUGGAUGGCAUGGGAGCACCGCGCACCGUAUCUAGGAGAGUGGAACCUCAUUUACAAUCAUCAGCAGAAAACCUUGGCGCCUGUCCCAAAUACAGGCUGCGCUACAGUGUCCCAUGGGGGGAACUAUGUCUAUUUUACCCAACCUGAAGACACACAUAAAGUUAUCAUCUGGAACACCGCAGAAGGUGAAGUGUGUGACACACUGGACACCUCCACCCGAGUGAGAUGCCUGGAAAUAGCUGAGCAAAACCAUCUCCUUUUCACAGGGCUUAUAUCUGGAACAGUUCUUGUCUUUCCACUGAACGCCAGGCAGGAUGUAGCAUGCAUCCCACCUCCAGAGCCACAGAAACCAGUCAACGACAUGGCAAUCAACAAGCAGGAAAAGCAGCUUGCCAUAGCAUACGAUAAUUUAGUCCUUGUUCUGGAUAUUAUCCCUGCAGAUCCGUGCCCAAUGAUCGACAGGCCCACCUACACCUUUAAAACUCAGAUCCCUGGCUCUCUGAUUUCCAGAGUGGCUGUCCUCACAGAUUAGGUCCUCUAUGGCAUGACUAGCAGGAACUUACUCCUUUAUGACUGCCCUCGGGCCCAAAUGUUUCCUUUGGAAGGUCACAGAAGCCAGAUCUCCUGUUUGGAAAGCAGCCACAGAGUGCAGCAGGGACUCAGUGGAUCUGAAGAUUCCCUGCAGUGUCUCUGGGACUUGGAGUUCUGUCAGCAGGAACACGAGAUGUGCUAUUAUAAGGUACUACAGUAG